GAUAAGUAUACGUAGGUACCUAACCUUUAGGUACUGAUGUAAGGACCUAGCAUGACCAUAUUUUAUUGGUAGGAGCCUAGCGCAAUAUCAAUUGACCUUGUCGCUACUCCAACUCUAAAGUAUCUAUGUAUUCCGUGGGUCAUCGCGGUAGGUACAUACCUAAGUAACUGGAGGGGCAUUUGCACAGCUGCCGCUACCUCUUACCUGAUGCGCAUCCAGCUAUCCCGCAAUCCCGCAACCUUGAAGGCUCCAAGGACUUUCUACCUUCACUUUGCCUUGCAAUCGCGCAUUGAAGUAGGAACAACAACAAAACAAAGCCUUAGUCGUGUUUGUCGUUUUGCCUGCUUUACUUACUACAAAAAGCACUGGUAGAUCCAUAAGGCAACCUCAACUUUGGCAUUUCUCCAUAUUCCAACGAACCCGCAAUCUAACCCGAUCUAAUCCAAUCAACGAUACUACGUCUAGUUCUAUUACGGUAACACACCUUCAUAUUACAACGGCUUCGGACUACUACAGACGUUAUGGCUGAUGUCGACAUGACCGACGCACCCAGCACCUCAGCUGUCGUCAAGAAAGACCGCAAGGGCGGUGACGCUGACGGGAAGAAUGACGGGAAGAAGCGCUUUGAGGUCAAAAAGUGGAAUGCCGUGGCUCUCUGGGCCUGGGAUAUCGUCGUCGACAACUGCGCUAUCUGUCGAAAUCAUAUCAUGGAUUUGUGUAUCGAAUGUCAAGCAAACCAAGCUUCCGCCGCCAGUGAGGAGUGCACUGUAGCCUGGGGCAUCUGUAACCAUGCUUUCCACUUCCACUGCAUCUCAAGAUGGCUCAAGGCACGACAAGUCUGUCCAUUGGAUAACCGAGACUGGGAAUUCCAAAAAUACGGCCGCUAAGGAAGAGAAUAUUUUAUCGAGGUCGAUAUCGCACGAGCAACACCGACCAUCACAUUCACCCAAGGUUGUAAUAUCACCGCCUAGAGAUCACAAUCACAAGACGACACCCAUAUCACAUGUGAAAG